AUGUGCCGUGAGGUCAUCACCAUCGCUCAGUGCGCCCCGGAGGUGGCCCCAGUCCUCGCAUUCUACUGUGCCAAGCUUCACCUCGUCGCUAAGGAACGUGUCGUUUGUGACGCCGCCCGAGGCAAAUGCAUCUGCUUCUUCGGUUCCUGCGGCAUUAUUGAUCGCGAGAUCCCUACCAAGGGUAUCGACCUCGCCGGCGUUACCAAGGUCCGCUGCGCUGAAUGCACUCCUCGCGAGAGCCGAGUCGGCAACGGAUUCAAGGCUCAGGAGAUCCUGGAGUCUGUUCUUCUUCGCCCUGCCGACGCCGAGCAUGGCUGGGAACAGCGUUUUAAAGUCAUUUCCGAACUGUGGCUCAACAAAACUGCCUGUCCCUACCACGUCGAUGUCUCUGCUAAGCCCGCUGCUCCCAUCACCGAGGUUGUCACUACUAGCCAGCAUGUUCAUUUCGACGCCGACGCCGGCCAGUCUGCUGUCAAGCUUGCCGCUGAGCCAGCUGGAUCUACUGAGCCCGCCUGUGAGCCUGUCCGUGAACCCGCUUUCGAGCCCACUCCCGAGUCCGCUGAGCUCAAGCCCGGCUUCGAGGCUGCCGUUGAAGAGCACUUUAGUGAAUUCUCCGGCUCUGAGCGUCCUACUCUGAACGCUACUGUCUCACCUCCCAGUGGGCCUAUUUUCACUGAUUCGCUUGUUGCCGAGCCUGCUUCUCCCGCUGAUGAGUGGACUACCAACACUGCCCCCGCUGGUGAGCAAGGUGACAACGCCAACAAUCACGGUUUCGAGUCUGGAGUCAAGGAACCCCUGGACCCCGACGAGGUGGGCAUUUCCACCAGCCGCUGGGCCCCUGGCAAUGCCAACUCCAACUCCUCCGAGCCCGCUGAGCCAGCUGACGAGGUCAAGGACAAGGAACAGGGACAGGAGCAGGGACAAGAGCAGGAACAGGCUCCUGUUGUCGCUGGUCCCCGACGUGCUGUCAAUUUCUCCUAUGAUCCCAACAAUGCUGAGAAGCUUCUCGAGACCGCUGAGAAGUUUGCCAACGUCAAGGCCUUCCUUAUGGCUAAGGCUUGA